AUGGCGGCGUGCAACGAUGGCGUCUUUACGCCUGUCUCCGACUGCCGCUUCUUCGACUUCACCAUCGCCUUCUCCAACGCCAUCUUCGUGCUUCUGCCGUCAUGCCUCGCUCUGCUCCUCAUGACCGUCAGGCUCGUGCGCCUGCGCCGCAAGCCCGACAUCCCCACCGCAUCCGCCCAGGCCCAUCUCUCGCUUUUGCGCUCGUGCACGCCCCACUCGGACCCCAUCAGCCUCUUCGGCGCCUUCGUCUACGUCGUUCAUGCAAUCCUCAGCUUGGUGCUCGUCGCGGUCCUUGCUGCGCCCUCGUCUCGCUCGCUCCGACAUGCUCUCGACGACAGCACCGGCAUGGCCAGCGUCGUGCUUGCAUUCCUCACCGCUCUUCUCGCCGUGCCCCUUUCGGUGGCAGAGCGCCGAAAGACGCGUGGAGGCUACAUGCUUCUUCCUCUGUGGCUCCUCGCAUCCCUCUUCUUCACCGCCUGCCGCAUUCGAACCUUCAAUGCCGUCCCGGCGAUCCGAUACAGCCCCUUCUUCCACGUCUACAUCCUCACCUUUGCCUGCCAGGCCUUCAUGCUUUCGGUCGAGAAUGCCAACGGCGUUCGUUCGACGCAGCUCCAGUCCAGCCACGAGUCUCGCGCGAGCUUCUUUUCGCGCCUCCUCUUCAUCUGGGUCAUCCCGCUUCUCUGGACUGGCUUGCGCAAGCCACUCGAGAUGCAGGACCUCGACGAGCUGAAACCCGAAUAUCAUGGCCGCUCUCUUGCCCGCGCCUUUAUCGCCAGCUGGACGGGCGCGCCGAUCGAGCCCGACUCGGGAUCGGAUGCCUCGGAGCACGCACACCUCGCACAUACGGGACACAUCGCCGACCUCAAACAGAGCCCCUCGCGCACCAGCAGCGAAGCCUACCCGCUCGAGAAGCUCGGUACUUCUGCGUCCGAAUUCGAAUCGGGUGCACAUGGAUCGGUACCCAAAGCUAUGCCUCCCUACACGCGCGCCUCGUUCCCCAAGAGGAGGGUGUCGCGUAGUCUGCUGCACGCCACCCUGCACGCCUUUCCUCUUGCCGCUCUUGCGCCAGUCCCUUGGAAGCUGCUGCUCACCGCCACAGAGCUAGCCCAACCGCUGCUCGUCUCGACUACCCUUGCUUUCGUCCAAUCGUACUCCGACGUCAGCGAGGGCGGACAACCUUCCGCGGCACAGCCUGCUGUCUACGGAUGGGGUCUGGUGGGUGCUUAUGCCUUUGUCUAUCUCGGACAGGCACUUGCCACUGGUCAAUACUGGUACGCCAGCUCGCAGCUCAUGACGCGACUUCGAGGAGCGUACAUCGAAGCGAUCUACCGCAAGGGUCUCAACCUGCAUCUCCGCACUGCGCGUACCAGCGGCGGCGGCAAGGCGGCCAAUCUGAUGAGUGUCGAUAGCGAGCGCGUAGUCAAGGCCGUCGAUGUCAUCCACUCGCUGUGGAGCGGUGUGAUCACCAUUGCCGUCGGUGUCUAUCUGCUCUAUAAUCAGCUUGGUCUCGUCUUCUUCGCGUCCAUGGCGUCCGUCUUUGCCUGCUUCCUGCUCACCCCGUUGGCGAGCCGCGGCAUCGGCGCCAAGCAAGCUGCUUGGAGCAGCCAGACGGACAAGCGUGUCAAUCUUACCGCCAGCGUCACCUCGGACAUCAAAGGCGUCAAGUUCUCGGCAUACGAAGACGUCCUCCACGACAAGAUCUGCAAGGCUCGUGCCGACGAGUUGUCGGUUCGCAGCAACAUGAUGAAGCAGGUCACCGGUGUGGUUGUCUUUACCAACUGCACUAGCGAGAUGCUGGGUCUGUCCACCUUCAUCACACUCAUCAUCGUCGAUAAGCUCAGUGGCUCGUCCCGCUUCGACCUCAACACCAUCAUCACUACGCUCACCAUCUUCGACGUGCUGCAGGAUCCGCUGCUCAAGAUCGGCCAAGAGUACUCGUACCUCCUCCAGGCCUAUGCCAGUAUGCGACGUAUCGAGGAGUUCCUCAACAGCGAAGACAAGCCGGACGUGCAGAGCGCGGUGGAUGAAGGGCUUGCGGCUCGAGCAGCAGCGGCGUCGAGCGCAGACCGGGAGCCGUCUGGAUUUGCCGCCCGCUUUCAGAACGCAGAGCUUGGCUGGCAGGAUCAAGCGGUCUUGUCGCAGGUCAAUCUGGAGGUCCCUCGUGGAUCGCUGACCAUGAUCUGCGGUCGUCUGGGUCAGGGCAAGUCGACGCUUCUGCAGGCCAUGCUCGGCGAGUCGGACCUGCUCAGCGGCAGUCAGCAACUUCCGCUCCUCGCCGAUCGCAUCGCCUACGUCAGCCAAGAUAUCUGGCUGCAGGAGAAGCGCUCGAUUCGCGAGAACAUCAUCUUUGCCACGGGCGAGUACGACGAAGAGCGAUACACGACCGCGCUGCGUGCAUGUGCGCUGUUGGAGGACAUCGACGGCUUGCAGGAGGGCGAUGCUACUACGGCAAGCUCGCUCAGUGGCGGUCAGCGCCAGCGUGUCGCCGUGGCGCGUGCCAUCUACAGCGAUGCCGAGUCGUACCUCUUCGAUGAUAUCACCAGCGCUCUCGAUGCCGAGACGGCUGCACACAUGUGGCGGUCGCUCAUGGGUCCCUCGGGCCUGCUGAGCGGCAAGACGGUGGUCAUGGCUACCAAUGCCGUGCACUUGCUGCACCACGCGCAGCUCAUCGUUCGUAUUGACGGCGGGAAGAUCGCCGAGCAGGGCCGGUAUGAAGAGCUCUCGUUGAAGGGCAAGGAUGCCAUCUCGCGCGCCAGUCUCGACUCGAAGAGGGCCUUGCCUGCGGCUGACGUUGCCAACGACAAGCCCGUCAAGAGCGGAGCUGCGGAAAAGCAGGAGGCAGUCAUGACGGGCUCCGUCGGUUGGGGCGUCUAUGCCAACUGGGCCAGGGCGGCGGGUCUCUGGAACUUCGGCGCCUUUGUCGCCUGCAGUGUGCUUUCGACAGUGGCGCAGAUCGGUACGACCUAUCUCCUGCAGGCCUGGGCGACUUCGCAGCAGCGCGACCCGUUCAAGGCGCUGGGUGCCUGGAUUGCCGGCUUCGUCGCGUUGAUCCCGGGCAACGCUGUUGCUCUCGGAUUGGGAUUCUGGGUCAUCUCGCUCUACUGCGUCGAAUCGGCCGGCAACAAGCUGCACGCCGGCGAGCUGCGAGGCGUGCUCUCGGCGCCCAUCUCGUUCUUCAGCAAGUGGAGCUCGGGCCAGAUCACCAACCGCUUCUCGCAGGAUUUGUACAACCUCGACCAGACCUUUACCCAGGCGUUGACCAACCUGGUCUUUAUUGCGUGUGGCGUGGUCGGCGCUCUGAUCACCAUGAUCGUGCCCGCACCGUACUUGGCCGCUCUGGCUGUUGGGUUGAUUGGCUUUUCGUGGGCGCUGCAGCGACUCUACAUCCCGUCGAGUCGACAGUUACGUCGGCUCGAGAUGGCAGCCAAGAGUCCGCUGUACUCGCUCUUUUCGGAAACGUCGUCGCCGUCGGGCCUGGCGACGGUGCGUGGACUGAAGCGCGAGGCGUCGCUGGUGGAACUCAAUACGCAGUCGCUCGACGUUUCGCAGGCGCCCUACUACCACCUGUUUGCGGUGCGCAGGUGGCUGCAGACGUGGCUGCUGCUGUUGACGACGGUGGUCAACGUGAUGCUGGUGCUGCUGGUGGUGGUGCUGCGUCAUUCGUCCAAGGCAGGUCUGUUUGGUGUGGCGCUGGUUCAGGCGACCUCGCUCGGUAUCAUGCUCAACCACACCGUGAUCAGCAUCACCGAAGUCGAAAUCGCCGGCGUGGCGCUCGAGCGCGUGCGCGAGUUCACGGAUCUCCAGCCUGAGGAAGAGGCAAGCCCGGAGCGCAAGCUUACGAAUGACAAUGCGCGCGAGACGAUUCGAGGCGAUAUCGAGUUCGACAGCGUCACGGUCGCAUACGGCGCGGAUCUCGAGCCUGCGGUCAAGGAGCUCAGCUUCACACUGCAGGCUGGGCAGAGGUUGGGCAUUGUCGGACGCAGUGGAUCGGGCAAGAGCACGACGCUGCUGGCGCUGUUCCGGAUGAUCGAGAUGCGAUCGGGAGCGAUCCGAAUCGACGGACGCGACAUCAGCGCGAUGGGCGCACGUGAGCUUCGGUCGCAGAUGACGAUCGUCGCGCAGAAUCCGCUGGUGCUGGCGGCGUCGAUUCGCGAGAAUCUGGACCCCGAGGGUGUAUGCAGCGACGAGGAGAUGUGGGAUGCGCUGCACAAGUGCCAUCUGGCCGAGUUUGUCAAGAAGCAGGACAACGGGCUGGAGGAGGUGCUGCUGACGGGCAAGUCGUUCAUCAGCUCCGGGCAGAAGCAGUUGCUGUCGCUGGCACGCGCACUGCUGCGAAAGCGCAAGAUUCUUGUGCUCGACGAGGCGACCAGCGCCAUGGAUGUCGAGACCGACGCGGCUGUGCAGAACGUCCUCGAGACCCAGUUCGCAGACUGCACCGUCAUCGCCGUCGCGCAUCGCAUCGCCACGAUCAUCGGGUUCGAUCAGAUCAUCUGCAUGUCCGCUGGUCGCGCCAUCGAGAGCGGCACACCGCAGGACCUCCUUAAGGCCCGCGGCGAGUUCUGGGCGCUCGCUGCCGAGCAGAAGUGCGUCUAG